CAAGGAGAGCAACAGAACCAGAAAAUUGGAGAAGAUAACCACACAAUAUCAUCACCUUCAUUUCAAGCCAUAGCAAAAACGAGAUCAGCAUUUGAAGAUCUCAGUAAUGCUUCUCAAAGUCAAUUAGUCCAGUCAAAGAAGGAAGGCAAUAUAGAGCUUAAAAGCCGUGUUUCCAAAAGGACAAACAAGAGAGUUGGUGAAAGUGUUCAGAUAAAAACAAAAAGGUAAGAGAAGACUCAUUACCUCACUAUGCCAGACAUAGAGAAACAGUUUAUUCUGGGUAUACCCAACAGGUAUAAAACAGGAACUACUGAGGAACCAUCUGUCUUUCAAAAGACAGUCUUAAAUAAGGGACCUGCUACUGAAGAGACACACCUUAGGAAGAAGACAUCGAAGAAUCGUGCAUGUCAUCAGGAGACAUUUCUAAUGGAGAAAUCACUAACCUUGCUGGAGAAGACUGAAGAUUACAGUGAACUUGAUACAGAACUGAUGACUUCUAAAGGGAAGAGUAAACCUGAAGAGGCAUCCAUCUUUGAGGUAGUGACUGAUUUAAAGAAGCCUAUCCCCAGGAAGAUGACUCUCACCUCAAGUCCAUUACAUUUAAGGAAUAAAUGUGCUAUCCAAGAAGAGAGGUAUACUCUUUGGGGUAAGAUCCCAUUCAAGAAGAAAUCAUUAGCAUCAAAUGUGGUAACCACUAAAGAGAAGUCAUUAACUAGAAAGUCAUAUUUCAGGAAAAAGAACCCUACCACCGAGGUGAAGUCUUUCUUACAGGAACCAUCAUCACUGCAAGAGAGAUGUAACACUCAACGGAAGACAAACAACUUGAAGAAGCCAUGGGUGUUACGAAAGAAUACAAAUACCAAAGAUGUCACUUUAACAGAGUCGGUUACUUUUAAGAGGAAACAUAGUACCAAUGCAGCAACCCAUACAAAGAAACAGUCUUCUUCUAAAAGUAAUAAUGACAUUCAGGGAAAGGGCACUUCUCUUAGGCCACUGGGAGUUCAACCAGUCACCCAUGAAAAUGAGCUGUUGUCCUUUAAAAAAUCUACCACUAAGAAAAAUUCUCAUUUCCAUGGGCCAUCUGUAUUGAAAGACAAGCAUGUUACUCAAAAGGAGGCAUCCUCUGUAGAAAAGUCCUUGCCUCUACGAAAGCCUAUCACUGAGGAGGAGGUGUUACAUUUUCAGGUAGCUCCAGUUUUGAAGAAGCAGCAUAUUGUGGAGGAGGCCUCUCGAAUGAAGAAGCGUUUGCCUUUAAGGAAGCAGCAGCAGCAGCAGCAGCAGCUCACUGAAACGAGAGUGUUCUUCAAUAACCCUGCAGCACAAGAACCAACCACUAGUGAGCCAUUGUCCUUUAAGAAGUCUACCACUGAGAAAGAUUCCUCUUUGCGGGGGCCAUCUACAAGGCAAAAGAAGCGCAUCAGUCCUGAGAUAGUGUCCAAGCUGAAGAAGCCCCAAGUCCCACAAAAGCAUCACAUUGAGGAGCAGUCACAUUUUCAGUUAUCCUCAUCCUUUAAGAACCAACACAUCAUAAAGAAGCCAACCUCUACCAAGAAGCCUAUCAAGUUACAGAUGCAAACUAUUACUCAGGAGACAGAGUUCCAUUUGAAAAAUCCACUAGUAUUACAGACAGCCACUUCAGGAGGAGAGUCUCUGUCUAAGGAGUCAUCAUCCUUUAGGAAAGAAAAAAAUACAUCUGUACUGAAAAGAAAGCAUGCUACUCAUACAACACCCUCCUGGGCAGCACAGUCAGAGUGGCAAGAAACAAUUGAUGAAGAUACGGAUUUGUUCUCUAUAAAGCCUGGAUCACUUACAGAGAAACCUGCAGUGGAGUACCUUCCAAAUCCAUCUUCACUGAAUGAAAAGUAUUCCAUUCCAGAGUAUCUAUCCCUCUCAGUGCUGUUCGCCUCACAGGAGACCACCAAUCAAGAAGGAGCAUGCAGUAAGGAAUCAUCAACUUUAAGUGAUGAGAAAGAAUUAUUCUCACAAGACCUAUAUUCUUCUUAUAGUUCUGCUGAUGAAGAUACAUGUAAAUUCCAGAAGUCUUUGGACUUGCAAGAGAAGACUGAUACUAAAAAUGACUCUUCCCAAAAAAUGUUUGACUCACAGGGCAGUGUUUCUGAAGAAGAGUUCUUUUUAAAAAAGCUCUUUUGUAGGGACAGAUAUUCCUCCCCUGAAGACUCAAGCAAAGAGAGGCCUGUUGCUCUAGAGCAGGAAUUCCUCUUAAAGAAGAUAUUGGAUGAGAACAGCAGUAGCGAUGUUGAUGAGUCUCAAAGUCAUCAUUCACUGCACUUUCAAAACUAUCCCAGCACUGAGGAGGAGGCCUCUGAGAAACCUUUAAACAUUCAGGAGGAAUUCAGCAUUGAGAUGGUUGCCCUUAUGAAGUCAUUGAUCACACAAGAUGAUUCUAUUAAGGAGGCUUUCCUCAAGAAGUACACCACCUACACAGAAGCUCACUACAAUGAAUUCUUAACCUUGCAAGAGACCAGCAUCAGGGAGCCCUUAGCUUUGCAAGAGAAACACAGAGCUGAGCUGGUGACUAUCCUAAAAGAGGUGCUGGUCUUAGUAAAGAAACCUGAUAUGGAGAAGAUGGUCUUAGCCUUGCAGGAGAAUCCACCCAGUAAUAUAGAGACUCUCUUAAAUGAAGUAUUGGCAUUGGUGGAGAAACGUAGAAUUGAACAAUGUACUCUGAAGAAACCCUUGGCCUUCCAGGAGAAAUCUAGCACUAAAACAACACUGGCCUCGGAAGAGAAUCCCAGCACUGAGAGGGCAAUCCCCAAGGAAUCUUUGACCUUUAAUCAGAGGCUGGACAUUGAAAAGGAUGAUACAAUCAGAAAGACAUUAACUUUUGAGGAGUCCAACACAGAUACCCUCUUCAAGGGGACAUUAGCAUUGAGUGAGGGGCUCAUUGCUGCAGACCAGUUGGCCUUUAUAGAUCCACCGGCUUUGGAAGAGACUACUAUUAUUGAUGAAGAUGCUUUUGUCAGAUCAUUCCUUGUCUUUCAAAAUGAAAAUAACCCUCAUGUCUCCAGCAAUGCUUUUGAUUCCAAAACAGGCAAUUCCACUGCUGUCGUACCCAGUGUGGAGAAUUUCAAUCCUGUCAUGAGGUACAGUUCAUAUGAAUCUUGUUUCGAGGAAUUUCAGUCAGAUAUAGAAAGAACACACACUGAGCUAAUGUUACUGGAAGACAGUGACACAGUGGAAAAUAUUGAAAAGGAAGAUCGUGAUCCAUCACUCAAUUCUAUAUAUGUCAAGGAAAUAUUCAAUUACUUGAAGAAGAGAGAGGAAAAGUUUGUACUUGAGAAAUACAUGGACAGGCAGCUGGAAAUCACCAUUCAUAUGAGGGCCAUUCUUGUGGACUGGUUGGUGGAGGUACAGAUGUCCUUUCAGAUGAGUCAUGAGACCCUGUAUUUGGCAGUGAAGCUAGUGGAUCACUACCUAAUGAAGGCACAAUGCAAGAAGAAUCACCUACAACUCCUUGGCUCCACUGCCUAUAUGAUUGCAGCCAAAUUUGAGGAAUCCUAUCCACCUAAUCUGCCAAAGUUCCUUUAUAUUUGUGAAGAUCUUUAUCAUCAGAAUGAGAUGAUUUCCUUGGAAGUCAGCAUCCUGAAAACCCUCAACUUUGACAUCAAUAUUCCUACUGCAUAUGCUUUUCUGCGUAGAUAUGCUUCGUGUAUCAGUGCUAGCAUGAAGACCCUAACCUUGUCCCGCUUCAUCUGUGAGAUAACCCUGCAGGAAUAUGAGUAUAUCCAAGAGAAGCCUUCAAAGCUAGCUGCAGCCUCCUUCGUCUUAGCCCUCUACAUGAGGAAUCUCGACAAUUGUGUUCCUAUACUGGAAAAUUACACUGGCUACCACAUUGCUCAGCUUCACAUCUUGGUCAGGAAGCUAAACCAUUUGCUGGCCUGCCAACCCUUUUCUUGCCUCAAGAAUGUGUAUGAGAAGUAUUCUGAAGAGACCUUCUUUGAAGUUGCCAAAAUCCCUCCUUUGAACAAGGAAAAUCUAGACAGUAUUUUGAAUUCGGCAUUACUCGGCUGA